GACACGUGACGUUGGGUCUCUGGCUUCUGACAGUCGCUGGAUAAGCUCAACAGGGAAACAGAUGCACCUUCUCCCCAAUGAGCCCGGAUUUUGCCCCGCUUUUCGGCUGCCUCAAUUUAAGUUUGUUAGGAUAUUCCGGAUCGCAGGGGGACUUCUCAAGCCCCCCUUGGGAUCGCGGUCAGUUCUGACGGGGACGGCGCUUGUUCUGCUGAGUUUAUCACACGGUGGUGUUGCUCCACCUCCACCCAUAUGGCUUAUUUUCCCCUUUUUGCUUCGGAAUACACUCACUGAAAAGCAGCCAAAAGCAAUGCUCCCGGUGACCGACCGAAGAUUAUCGGAAUGAACCUGAAGAGUAGAGCUGUCAUUUCAACGCAGAAACCGCGACACGCAGACUACCGGUCACUGAAGGAUCUCCUCCAUAAUUACACAGGGCUAUAUUAGAGCGCGUUCGGCCCGAUGGAUGUCUGAAUCCUUCUGCUCUUGAUAGCUAUGGCAGACUGGACCUUUAAAUAGUUCGAUCCUGGGUGUAAGAGAGCCGUUUGGCCUACAUAGUGUGAAGUAAUGAUAUUUGCUCCGGGAGAUUAGUCUUGGCUUGGUCUGAUAUGCAAAUAUAGGCCCUCCCGUUUCCUUUAGCUAGUCGUUUCCUUCUAUAAUGCAUCGGUUCAGUCCACAAUUUCAACGUGGGCAGUCUAUCGCAUGCCUAUUAGCAAACCCUACCUUCGAAGUCACACUUUCAAUUUUUUUGGGGUUGAAGAAAACCUUAAAAAAUUAAAAAAAAAAUCAUAAAAAAUAAAAACAGCAUCCAACUAUAGUAGAUAUCUAGCUGACACCGUGGUUCCGGUUGCACCAUGGUUCUGGUCAUGCGACAUGGGGCCCAUGUCGUGUGGUGCUGCCUGCUGGUGUGUUGCCUGGCAGAGAUCGGGACGUGUCUAGAGUUCACAGGUGCAGAAGGCCAGUGGGCUCGGUUUCCGGUGUGGAACGCGUGCUGCGAGAGCGAGAUGAGUUUCACCAUGAAAACCAAGAGUUCCCACGGCCUCCUCGUGUACUUUGACGACGAGGGCUUCUGUGACUUUCUAGAACUCCUCAUACAGAACGGCAAACUCAGCCUCCGCUUCUCUAUCUUCUGCGCCGAGCCCGCCACCGUGCUCACGGACACGGCGGUCAACGACAGCGAGUGGCACGAGGUGACCAUCCGGAGGAACUUCAAAAACACGACGCUGGUGGUGGACAAUGAGGUCAAAUGGGUCGAGGUGAAGUCCAAACGGCGGGAUAUGACCGUGUUCAGCCACUUGUUCGUGGGUGGAAUACCACCGGAGUUACGUUCCGUGGCGUUGCGUCUCACCUCGUCCGUGGUGAAGGACCAGGCGCCCUUUGCUGGAUGGAUAACUGACAUAAAGGUCAACAAAACGGAGUCGGUGAUGGUCAACAGCGAAGGUGUCCUGGCCGACCUCUGCGGUGCGGCAAACAUGUGCCUAAACGGCGGAGUCUGCAGUUUAAUUGACAACGAGCCGUCAUGUGACUGCUCCCAGACUGGGUUCCAAGGCAAGGACUGCAGUGAAGAGGAUGCUGCUGCCGAAGGUCUGGCACACCUGAUGAUGGGCGACCAAGGGCAAAGAGGGGAAACUUGGCUACUAAGGUCCCUACUGAGCAUUCAAGGAAAGGAGGAGUACGUCGCCACCUUCAAGGGCUCGGAGUUCUUCUGCUACGACCUGUCCUUGAACCCCAUCCAGAGCAGCAGCGACGAGAUCACGCUCUCCUUCAAGACGCUCCAGAGGAACGGCCUCAUGCUGCACACGGGCAAAUCGGCCGACUACGUCAACCUGGCGCUGAAAAACGGCGCCGUCUCCCUCGUCAUUAAUCUGGGCUCGGGAGCGUUUGAGGCUCUGGUGGAGCCGGUCAAUGGGAAAUUUAAUGACAAUGAUUGGCAUGAUGUCAAAGUGACACGGAAUCUACGGCAGCACUCAGGCAUUGGACACGCUAUGGUCACCAUCUCCGUGGACGGGAUACUGACCACCACGGGCUACACCCAGGAGGACUACACCAUGCUCGGCUCGGACGACUUCUUCUACGUCGGCGGCAGCCCCAGCACCGCCGACCUGCCCGGCUCCCCCGUCAGCAACAACUUCAUGGGCUGCCUGAAGGAGGUGGUGUACAAGAACAACGACGUGCGGCUGGAGCUCUCGCGGCUGGCCAAGCUGGGCGACCCCAAGAUGAAGGUGCACGGCAUGGUGGCCUUCAAGUGCGAGAACGUGGCCACGCUGGACCCCAUCACCUUCGAGACGCCCGAGUCCUACAUCGUGCUCAACAAGUGGAACGCCAAGAAGACGGGCUCCAUCAGCUUCGACUUCCGCACCACCGAGCCCAGCGGCCUGCUGCUCUUCAGCCACGGCAAGCCCAAGCAGCAGCUGCCCAAGGACCCCAAGCGGCCGCAGACGCUCAAGGUGGACUUCUUCGCCAUCGAGAUGCUGGACGGACACCUGUACCUGCUGCUGGACAUGGGCUCGGGCACCAUCAAGGCCAAGGCGGUGAACAAGAAGGUCAACGACGGGGAGUGGUACCACGUGGACUUCCAGCGCGAUGGCCGAUCGGUGAGUGUGCACAUAAUAAAUCGAAACCAGAAUGUGUAUGUUUCUGUGUGCAUGUGUGCGUGCGUGCGUGUGUGUGCGUGUGCGUGUGUAUGUUUUAACCCAUGUUUGGACUGUCCUGCAGGCAAGGGUCCAGAGACUAUAUUUGCGGGUCAGAAUCUGAACGAUAAUGAGUGGCAUACGGUUCGCGUGUUCAGGAGAGGGAAGAAUCUGCAGCUGACCGUGGAUGACCUGACACCCGUGGAAGGUCAAAUGGCGGGGGACCACUCUCAGCUGGAGUUCCACAACAUCGAGACGGGCAUCGUGACGGAGAAGCGCUACAUGUCCAUGGUGCCGUCCAACUUCAUCGGCCACCUGCAGGGCCUGACGCUCAACGGCAUGGCCUACAUCGACCUGUGCAAGAACGGCGACAUCGACUACUGCGAGCUCAACGCCGUGAUCGGCUACAAGAACAUCAUCGCCGACCCCGUCACCUUCAAGUCGCGCGCCAGCUACGUGACGCUGACCACCCUGCAGGCCUACUACGCCAUGCACCUCUUCUUCCAGUUCAAGACCACCUCGUCCGACGGCCUCAUCCUCUACAACAGCGGCGACGGCAACGACUUCAUCGUGGUGGAGCUGGUCAAAGGGUACCUGCACUACGUGUCCGACCUUGGAAACGGGGCCCACCUGAUCAAGGGCAACUCCAACAAGCCCCUGAACGACAACCACUGGCACAACGUCAUCAUCUCCCGGGACACCAACAACCUGCACACGGUGAAGAUCGACACCAAGAUCACCACUCAGACUACCAGCGGGGCCAAGAACCUGGACCUCAAGGGCGACCUUUACAUCGGCGGCGUGGCGAAGGAGAUGUUCAAAGAGCUGCCCAAACUGGUGCACGCCAAGGAGGGCUUCCAGGGCUGCCUUGCCUCCGUGGACCUGAACGGACGCCUGCCCGACCUGAUGUCCGACGCCCUGGACUGCGUGGGUCAGAUCGAGAGGGGAUGUGAAGGCCCCAGUACCACCUGCCAGGAGGACUCCUGUGCCAACCAGGGGGUGUGUCUCCAGCAGUGGGAGGGCUUCAGCUGCGACUGCAGCAUGACGUCGUUCGGCGGACCGCUUUGCAACGAUGCGGGAACAACGUACAUAUUCGGGCGUGACGGUGGACUAAUCACGUACACGUGGCCCCCCAACGACCGCCCCAGCACGCGCGCGGACCGCCUGGCGGUGGGCUUCAGCACGCACCUGAAGGACGCGGUGCUGGUCAGGGUGGACAGCUCCUCGGGCCUGGGAGACUACCUGAAGCUGCAGAUCGAAAAGGGGAACAUCGCAGUGGUGUUCAAUGUGGGGACCGAAGACAUAAACAUUGAGGAGAAGGCAAAGUUUGUAAAUGAUGGGAAGUACCAUAUAGUGAAGUUCACGCGGAGUGGGGGUAAUGCCACUCUGCAGGUGGAUGACUUGCCCGUGAUUGAGCGCUACCCUACAGGGCGACAGCUCACAAUCUUCAACAGCCAAACCACCAUUCAGAUUGGUGGCUGGGACCGUGACCAGGGCAGCUCGUUUCAGGGCCAGCUCUCGGGCCUCUACUACAACGGGCUGAAGGUCUUCAACAUGGCCGUGGAAGGGGACCCCAAUAUCAAGGUCAAGGGCAGCGUACGGCUGGUGGGGGACUCUCCCUCAUCGAUCACGCCCCAGUCGAGCGCCACGGCCAACCGCUCGGAAACAUCCACGUCCAUCAUGGAGAUCACCACGACCACCGCAUCCAACAGACGCAUCAAGCAGACCACUCCACGGGAGCCUCAGCAGACCACGGACGACCUGCUGGUGGCGUCGGCCGAGUGUCCGAGCGACGACGAGGACAUUGAUCCCUGUGAGCCGAGCUCAGCCAACCCGACGGGCGCCAGCCCCAAGGGCUACCCGGGCACGUCGGAGGUGUUCCGGGAGUCCAGCAGCACCACGGGCAUGGUGGUGGGCAUCGUGGCGGCCGCCGCCCUCUGCAUCCUCAUCCUGCUCUACGCCAUGUACAAGUACCGCAACCGCGACGAGGGCUCCUACCACGUGGACGAGAGCCGCAACUACAUCAGCAACUCGGCCACGCAGGCCAACGGCAGCGUGGUGAAGGAGAACAACGUCAAGCCCAGCGCGCCCGCCAAGGCCUCGGGCAAGGGCAAGAAGAACAAGGACAAGGAGUACUAUGUGUGAUGUUCCUCUCUGUCGCUCUCUCACUCUCUCUCUCUCUCUCGCUCUCUCUCUCUCUUUCGAUCUAUUUCUCGCGCUGUCUCUCUGUCUCUCUCUCUCUCUCUCUCUCUCUCUCUCUCUCGCUGAGGUGCCUGUUCCCCACGUCAGCGCCUUCGUCGCCGGAGGGGGACCAGAGUCCACUCUUUGACUAUCCGGGGGACGAGACGCACGUCAGAAGAUCCUCGUGUGUACAGUAUAACAAAAAUACCAAUUAUUACGUCUUUGUUCGGUUUUUGCGUUUUUUUUUCUCCUCCCCAUUCCCCGGAUGAUGGUUAAGAUGAAUGGAGACUAUAUGGACAAUGCUGCGCUAGACUCCAUUCAUGGAAACAAUGGGAUGGGAUUUGCACUCGGACGCGCUGACGAGACUGUGAGUCAGACGGGAAGUGCAAUACCGACUAAUAGACAACAUACAAUAGCUAUCUAACACCCGUCCAUGAUACAUCUCCUUGGACUCAUAUGAUGCGUUUCGAUUACCCGGUUUCUGGCGGGGCGAAGGAAUUACCGGACGUUUCAAGGAACUCUCAGCAUUACAAAACUUAAUGUCCUCAUUAACAUUGCCUGUGUUUGUGCUGUUGAGACUUUUUUUCUAUGAGCAAAUGACACAAUGCAUAUAUACGUGAAUAAAGAAAAAAACGCUAAUAAUAUACUUUGGAUGAAGAGCAAAAUGAAAUUAAAAAAAUUAUCUGUAUGGUAACAAAAGGAAAAAAAGGUCAAAAGAUGGAAUGCCAACCCAGCAGAAGGUUUCGAAGAAUCAGCCAAUCAAUGAGCACUCCAAAAAGGCAGUUAUGGCGGACAAAGGGACUCAACAUUACUGACUGAGCCGAUUUCAAUGCAACCUUCACUUUAACCAGAUGAACAUGUCCAUUGUGCCAGUAUGAAUUCAGGGGGGCCUUCGAUUUCGACAACUCUCUGUGUGAAAUCAAAGUUCUUUCUCCAAAUUCCCACAGAUGAAAACCGAUCAUUUUGAGGGAAGGGUCAUGCACGCAGAAUUAUAUUAUUACAGUACAUAUGUUUAUAUACAGUUAAAAAAAACACAUCUAAAUGUGCUUUAUGGACUGUGAACAAAGUGGUGUUUUCUAGCCUGUUGUAUAGAUGAUGCAAACUAUAACUGCUCCUCCACCCAUUUUUGGAAUAAAACCUAGAAAACGGACAAAAAAGACGAAGUAAGUGUUAAGUGUUGCUAGACCUAGACGAUUUUAAGACAUCUGCGAUAUAUAUUUUUCUUUAUUUGGAUUCUUCAAUCCGGCCUCCUCGCCCUCCUCCCUCUCCCUCCUUUUUACAUUUGUUCCUGCAUAGUUUUUUAUACGGACCCUUGAAAUAGACCACCCCUGGGCCCAUUGGGGGCCCAAAACCCAUCCUUCUACAAGUUAAACAGGCUGUCGUCUUGGCCCCUGUUCUAAGGAUACCGGUAGAACCACUGCCUCCCAGCUCAAUCCUGAUGGAAAUACCUACAUAUGCGAGAGAGUGACCAUUAAGAAUGUGUGCGCAAAGUUGUCGGAUGAUGCCAACGAAUGAUCUUGACCGUGACUGUGUUAACUUGCUUGUGUGUGUGUUACAAAAUGGUAUUACAGUAUCUAUGGAUGUCCAUUGUAUGCUUGGGUUGAAGAAAAAGAUAAAAAAAAAUGGUUGAGGCAAAUAGUUUUAAGUAAGUCUUCAUUUCAACUGUCCUCUGUCCAUUCCUUUGUUCCUGUCAAUCAACUCUGCUUAUCUUUUUUUAAUGAAAACUGUACUUUGAGGAAAGUGAUUAUCAAACAUAAAUGAUAAUGAUUAUACAUUCUUUGUUUGCUGUUUUCUUUCUUUUUUUCCGUGUUUUUAUGUUCAAAUGUAACACUUCUUAAAUGUCAUCCGAGUGCAAUUUAUUAUAAAAAAAAUAGUUUUUAAAAAUCUAAUGAACAAACAAAUAAAAUAUUACUUCAGUGAA